AUGACCCCAGCUCUUCUCACACCUAUUAUCAGCUACGACCCCAGCUCUUCUCACACCUAUUACCAGCUACGACCCCAGCUCUUCUCACACCUAUUACCAGCUACGACCCCAGCUCUUCUCACACCAAUUACCAGCUAUGAGCCCAGCUCUUCUCACACCUAUUACCAGCUACGACCCCAGCUCUUCUCACACCUAUUACCAGCUACGACCCCAGCUCUUCUCACACCUAUUACCAGCUACGACCCCAGCUCUUUUCACACCUAUUACCAGCUAUGA